AUGGGACAUUUACAGGAGCUAGACUACCUUGUGGGCGCUGUUUCAAACCGAAAGAGACCAUUUGCAGCCAUCGUUGGUGGCUCCAAGGUCUCGUCCAAGAUUGGAGUUAUUGAGUCGCUUCUUGAGAAGUGUGAUAUCCUUCUUCUUGGUGGUGAAAUGUUCUUUACAUUCUACAAAGCACAAGGUCUUUCAGUUGGCUCGUCCCUUGUUGAAGAAGACAAACUUGAAUUGGAUACAGCUCUCCUUGCCAAAGCUAAGGCCAAGGGAGUCUCUCUUUUGUUGCCAACGGAUGUUGUGGUUGCUGACAAGUUCGCUCCUGAUACCAACAGCAAGGUCUGGCUCUGA